AUGUAUAGUAUUAAGUAUAAGAGAGGAAAGCCAUUAAAACACACGAAUGUUAAAGAUAAAAAGCUGCGUCAUAACCUUAAAACAAUUGAAAAACGUAUCAAAUCUUCUCAAAAAAAUGCAGAAAUAUUUGAUAUGAUGAAGUCCUCUACUGUAGGUUAUCUUGAGGCUGAAGGAAUGGAGAAAACUUAUAAAAUUACUCAAUCGCAACUAAAGGAAAAAAUUGAUUUAAUUACUUGUCAAAAGGGGUUUGAUUUGAAACUUCCAACAUUUGGCCCAUACGUUUUUGAUUAUACUAGAAAUGGGAGAUAUAUUUUAUUAGGAGGUAAAAAGGGACAUAUUGCAUCAUUUGACUGGAAAAGUGGGAAAUUGAGUACAGAGUUUCAUUUAAAAGAAUCUGUUAGAGAUGUCAAAUGGCUUCAUAAUGAAAAACUUUUUGUUGUUGCGCAAAAAAAGUAUGUUUACAUGUACGAUAAUACAGGAUUAGAAGUGCAUUGUUUGAAACGCCACAUUGAUAUAUAUUCUAUGGAAUUUUUACCAUAUCAUUAUCUUUUAACAACUAUUGGAGGGGCGGGUUAUUUGAAGUACCAAGAUAUUUCAACAGGAGUUAUUGUUGCUGAAUAUCCUACAAAACUUGGACCUGCUAAAGUUAUGGCUCAAAAUCCUUAUAAUUCAAUUAUUCAUAUUGGACAUUCUAACGGUGUUGUCACUUUAUGGUCUCCAAAUUUAUCUACACCUCUAGUUAAAAUGCUAGUUCACAGGGGUCCUGUCUAUUCACUUGCUAUAGAUCGUGAAGGAAGGUAUAUGGCGUCUUCAGGUGCUGAUAGACAAGUAAAAAUAUGGGAUAUCAGAAGUUGGAAGGAAGUACAUUCUUAUUUUUCUCCAACUCCAGCUGCUACUUUACAUAUAAGCGAUACAGGAAUGCUUGCAGUAGGAUGGAGUUCACAUGUUAGCCUUUGGAAAGAUGCCUUACAAAAAAAACAAAAUUCACCAUAUAUGACACAUCUUAGUCCUGGGUCUUUUGUUAAGCGCGUUAAGUUCUGUCCAUAUGAGGAUAUUUUGGGUUUUGGACAUGCUAAGGGAUUUUCAAAUCUUAUUAUUCCAGGAUCUGGAGAACCUUCUUACGAUGCAUAUGAAGUGAAUCCUUAUGAAACAAAGAAACAGCGUAGAGAAAAAGAAAUUAUUGGUUUACUUGAAAAAUUACAGCCAGAAAUGAUUACCCUAGAUCCUAAUUAUAUUGGAAAUGUAGAUACUGUUAGUCUAGAAGUUAGGGAAAAAGAAGCUUUGGAAUCAAAACAACCUGAAGAAAAGUGGGUUCCUAAGCCUAAAACACGUGGAAAAAAUUCUUCUUUACGAAGGUAUUUACGUAAAAAAGCCAAAAAUAUAAUAGAUGAGAGAAAACUUCGUGUAAAGGCUGCUCUUGAGAAAGAAAAGAAAUUACGACAGGCAUAUUUGAGAAAGCGGCGUGGAUUGCCAGAAGAGAAACUUUUAGGACCUGCAUUAUCAAGAUUUGUUACAAAAUCAGUGACUUAUUGA